AUGGCACCUAUGGGCUCUAAUAGACCAAAGGAUAAGAUCCUAAUAACUGCCAAAGGAUCAACCUAUGAAUACAUUAGAAUUCUCUCCCUCGUGACCAGCAUAGACCUAUCGCAUAAUAAUCUUUCUGGUGAAAUCCCAAACGAGCUAAUGAUGCUUCGUGAUUUGCACUUCCUAAGCUUGUCCAACAAUCACUUGACCGGUACAAUUCCUGAAAACAUUGCCGUUUUGACAGAGUUAUUUUCUCUUGAUUUGUCAAUGAACAAUCUCACUGGCACAAUUCCCUCCAACUUAUCUGCUCUAAACUUUCUCAGUCACUUGAAUCUCUCUUUCAAUAACUUGUCCGGAAGAAUCCCAACCGGGAAUCAAUUUUUAACCUUCGAUGACCCUGCGAUAUACGCCGGCAACAAGGACCUUUGUGGUUGGCCACUACCCGAGUGUCCUAGUGAUGAAGCCCAGCGAGGUCCACUUCAUGCAAGAGAUGAUGAUGAUGGUAAUGGCAGCAAGCUUGAAAAAGUUCUGGAUUAUGACUUCAUUGCUAUGGGAUUUAUAGUCGGAUUUUGGGCAUAUUGGGGCGCAAUGAUCAUGAAAAAGUCCAUCAGAAUUGCUCUCUUCCAGAUGGCGGACAGGAUUUAUGACUGGAUCUAUGUGCAACUCGCAGUGAAGUUUGGAAGGUGA